CGGUCGGUCGAGCAGAAUCAAAGCCGAGGAGCUCAUUAAUUGCGUGUUUCUCUACUGUCAUCCCCUCAGGGUUCAUUUCUUCACUGUCGCUUCCUUCCCCCUUCCCUCCUUCCCCUCUUUAAGUAUCACUCUUCUUCCCCACCACCUUAUCCCAUUUUUCCAUGGCUGCUCUCCAUUUUCAAGAUUUCCUUCCCCUCAUCGCCCACAAACGCGGACGCCACGGUCUUCUCCUCGAGCUCUGUAACGGGUUUCGGCUGCUCAUGGACAGGCGCAAGGGACUCAUCACCUUGGACAGCUUGAGGACCAACUCUGCUCUCCUUGGUGUGCAGGAUUUCACGCGCGAUGAUCUCCUCUGCAUGAUCGCCAAAGCUGAUCUCGACGGCGACGGCGCCCUCUCUCUCUUGGAAUUCUGCGUUUUGAUGUUCAGAUUAAGUCCAGAUCUAAUGCAGCGCUCCUCGUUUUGGCUCCAUCGCCCUCCUCAACCUCACCUCCCCACCUCUUCCUCUUGACUUCCUGUCCCGUCCUUGCAUUUUCCUCUUUUCUCAAUGUAACAGAGACGACGGCAGACCACGUCGUCUUCAUGCUUGGUUUCCUGAAUGCUAACAUUUUCUUUUUUUCUUCA